AUGUGUUCUUCACAAGCAGGUAGGGCGUCCCCCAGAAGCGACGCGCAUUGUCCUCGCCCUGGCAAUGUGGCAAAUAUACGAGGGCUACCGGCUAGAGGACGGAGCCGGCCAAAGAAGUUAGUCCGCCAUCACCAACAACAUCCAGUGCGCUUGGCUACACUUAACGUUGGGACGCUUACCGGAAGAAGUCGUGAACUGGCAGACAGCCUCAGAAAAUGUUGUGUUGACAUAUGUUGUGUGCAGGAGGCUCGCUGGAAAGGCUCCAAGUCAAGGGAAUUAGGCGAUGGCUUCAAGCUCAUCUACCACGGCACAUCAAAUCGCAAUGGCAUUGCUAUCAUAUUGAACGAGUCGUUUAGAGACAGCGUCACAGCAGUGGAUCGACUAUCGGAUCGCCUGAUGGCUGUAAAAGGAGACACAGGAGAAGUGGAAUUGCGAGUCGUAUCUGCUCAUGCGUCACAAAUGGGUUGUAGUGAAGAAGAGAAGGCGUGCUUUUGGGAAGAUCUGGAGCAGUACGGCCAAUCCCUGGAAGGCGAAGAAGUACUUCUAAUUGGAGGAGACCUCAACGGACACGUCGGUUCUCGGAAAGACGGGUUCGAGAGUUGUUAUGGUGGAUACGGUUAUGGAGCUCGUAACGACGACGGGUUGCGAAUCCUGGAGUAUGCUGUUGCAGGUGACUUGAUCAUUGCUAACGCAGUAUCGGAAAAGAAAAUCACAUUUGAUCACGAUUCAAAAGUCAUCCCUACAGACCAUGUCGCUGCCCAACACCAUUUGCUCGUCAUGGGCUUGAAAAUCUCCCGUCCAAGGAAGAGACAUCCAAGGACUGAAAAACAUUGCAUCAAAUGGUGGAAUCUGAAAGAUCGAAAGGAGGCGGCAAUUCGUGAGAAGAAGUCCAAAUAUAAGCUGUGGUGGAGGACACGUCAGCCUGAAGAUCCGGCGAAAUUGGAUCGCUGCAAGGCUGUGUACGACAUGAUUGAUACCAGAGAAGGCGAGCGGGCAGUGUAUCGUUUAAUCAGAGGGCGUCAUCGCUCAACGUUGGAUAUGGAGCACACCAAGAUCGUUAAGGGAGCUGAUGGCGCCGUUCCGUGUCGCUUUGGUCAGAUCCUGGAGAUCCUGUGUCAUCCUUCCAUUCCAACUGUUCCCAGCGUCGAGGAUCCUGUUCUACCAAUUACUGCCGUCGAAAUCAGUACUGCCUUUGCAAAAAUGAAGUCGAACAAGGCAACCGGUCCUGAUGACAUACCUGCUGAUGUCUGGAAGCUGCUAGGAGACCACGUUUGGCAAACUUCCGUAACCGUGACUGUCUGGAAAGGGAAAGGAGACAUUGCUUACUGCACUUCGUACAGGCCUAUACCACUGCUGUACCAUACGAUGAAGGUUUUUGAGCGUGUCCUGAAAGCUCGUCUGAGGAAAAUUGUCAGCGUUUCACCCAACCAAUGCGAUUUUGUGAAGGACUGCAGCACUAUAGAUGUUAUCCAUGCUGUCCGUAUCCUUCUGGAGAAGCAUCGAGAGAAGAACCGCAGUGUGCUUCUUGCUUUCCUCAAUCUCGAGAAAGCUUUCGACCGUGUCCCACAUGAGCUGUUAUGGAUGUCCAUGAGGUCGCAUAGAGUACCAGAAGAAUAUGUGCGGUGGACGAAGCUGCUUUAUGCUAAGCCUACCAGCGUUGUGCGAUGUGCUGCUGGAACAAGCAGUCCAUUCCCUGUACAAGUAGAGAUUCAUCAGGAAGGUCGAGCACGAGCACGUGUUAAUGCGGCAUGGAUGAAAUGGAAAAUGGCAACAGAGGUACUGUGCGACAAGAAAGUUUCUGCUCGACUGAAGUCGAAGAUCUACACGGCGGUUGUGCGUCCUGUUGCUCUUUACAGAUGCGAGUGCUGGCCAACGACGAAAGCCUUGGAAAGAGUGUUAUGGAGCUAUGGAGAUGCGGAUGUUGAGGUGGACGACAGGUGUAACGCUAAAAGACAAAGCAUCCAAUGA